CCAUGUACAUCGGGAGUCUGGAUGUGCCGCGGCCAAACAGCCGGGUGGAGAUCGUGACGGCCAUGCGGCGGAUCAGGUACGAGUUUAAAGCCAAGAACAUCAAGAAGAAGAAAGUGAGUCUCAUUGUGUCAGUGGAUGGUGUGAAGGUCAUUCUGAAGAAGAAGAAGAAGCUUCUUUUGUUGCAGAAAAAAGAAUGGGCCUGGGAUGAGAACAAAAUGCUCGUCAUGCACGAUCCCAUCUACAGGAUAUUCUACGUGUCGCAUGACUCCCAGGACCUAAAGAUCUUCAGCUACAUUGCCAGGGAUGGGUCUAGCAAUGUCUUCAGGUGCAACGUCUUCAAAUCCAAGAAGAAGAGCCAAGCCAUGCGCAUUGUCCGGACUGUGGGGCAGGCGUUUGAGGUCUGCCACAAGCUGAGCCUGCAGCACACCCAGCAGAAUGCAGACGGGCAGGAGGACGGAGACAGCGAGAGGAAUGGGGAUGACCUGGAUGUCCCAGCCUGUCGCCUUGCCAGUGCGGAGAGGGGGGCUGCCUCGGCGGAGGAGACGGACAUCGAUGCCGUGGAGCUGCCGCUGCCCGGAGCUGACAUCCUCGACUUCAGCCGUGGCGUGACCGACCUUGACGCCGUGGGCAAGGAGGCGAGCGCCUAUGCUGACACCAAGGGCUGCCUCCACCCUGAAGAUAUUCUGACAGCAUCACCCAAGAUGCUGCUGCCCUCGUCUGCCCAGCUGCCUGACCUGGGAACACCCCUCUCUGCCCACCACCAAAUGCAGCUUCUCCAGCAGCUCCUGCAGCAGCAGCAGCAGCAGACGCAAGUGGCCGUGGCACAGGUCCACCUGCUGAAGGACCAGCUGGCCGCAGAGGCGGCAGCACGGCUGGAGGCCCAGGCUCGUGUGCACCAGCUCCUGCUCCAGAACAAAGACUUGCUGCAGCACAUCUCGCUCCUGGUCAAACAGGUGCAGGAGCUGGAGCUGAAGCUGGCAGGGAACACCACCACAGGCUCCCAGGACAGUCUGCUGGAGAUCACCUUCCGCUCCAACGUCCUCCCCGUCCUCUGCGACCCGACCACCCCGCAGCCUGAGGACACCCACCCGCCGCCACUGGGCCCCGGCUCGGGCUUCCCCAGCACCCUGGGCAGCCCCAUAGGUAGGAACGACUGUCUGGUGAAGCUGGAAUGCUACCGCUUUCUGCCGGACUCGGGGCCGCCCGCCCCAGAGCUGGCACUGGGCAGUCUGGAGCUCAUCAAGUUCCGCGAGUCGGGCAUCGCCUCUGAGUACGAGUCCAACACGGACGAGAGUGAGGAGCGUAACUCCUGGUCCCAGGAGGAACCGCCGCUCCUGCUCCAUGUCCAGCCCAGGCAGGACCUGGGCGACAGCCUGGAGGAUGAGAUCGCGGUGUAGGGGUCGCCAGGAGGUGGUGCAGAGCAGCCGGGUCCUGCUGGAGCUGGGGCAGGCCCUGGCCAUAGCCCCUGGCCCUAGCAGGGAUGGGAGAGCCCAGAGAGAGAGAGGGGGUGGAGGAGGGAGCGCGAGGCUUCCAGCACACGGCUGGGAGUUGUGCGGAGGUGAGGACGGAGCCGUGCCGAGGGGGUGCGCUGGGCAUGCUGUGCUCCAGCGUGCACGGGCUUGUGUGCUGAGCUGGAGCAUCCCUGCUUCGCAUCGGAUGGCGAGCUGACAGCUGCUUGUGCUACCCCCUGGUCCCCAUCCCCCUGCAAGCUGCAUUCUGAGGUCAGGCAGAGGCAAGGGACUCCCUGCCAGAUUAGCCACUGCUGCUGGUGCUGCUGCAGGGGGGAGCAGUAAAGCAGAUGAAAGUUUUUGCUGGGGGAAUGAGAAAGCAGGCACGGGGCAGUGAGCGGGGACAAGAGCGACCGAGGAGCCAGUGCAGGGCAGUGAGCAGGGACAGAGCCACUGGCAAGGAGUCUGGCUCUCUGUGUUGUGGAGAGGGUGGGAGAUGAGGCCAGGGCCGUGCUAAAGAGGUGGUUAGGGUUGGUGACAGUGUACUGUCGGCAUGGGUGCGUGAGUGAGAGGUGAGGCAGCGAAGGACAGGGGAACGAGCCUGGGAAGGAGCUGAAAGUGUGAGACAAGGUCAUGCAGGGUGGCCGGGUACAGGCAGCUCCUGGCAGAGUGAUGGUGUUUGUGGCACUUCCAGGGCAUGGUUUGUCCCUGCCUGAGGCAGGUGGAGGGUGCGCAGGCACUGCCUGCUUCUCUCCCAGGCUGUGGAGUGGAGAGGAAGGCACGGCUCGGCGAGGAGCAGGGAGUUAGGGCAUGCAGCACGGGGCUGUGGGGUGUCCUUCCCUUGUUGCCCGGUCCGUGGGCUCCUCGGCAUGGCUGACAGGUUUCAAAGCCUUUCUGGUGCUCUCAAGUCAUAUUUUCAAGCACUUCCCUGCACCCACCAUCACCACAAACUCCCUGCUUCGCUUUAUAGACAAACCCUCCCAUUUCCAAGGAGUCGCUUGCCCCUGGACCAGGGCUGGGGGAUGCAGUGCUGGCAUUGGGCAUGUGCAGGGAUGGGCAUGCUUGCUGCCCCUCGAUGGGGAGCGAACUGCUGGUGUCUGCAGGUGGGCUCCUUCAUGUCUCUGGUUUGCACCUCCAGAAAAGUGAAUCCAAGAUCUCAGGAUCCCCCACCAGACCCUGAGAUGCCCAUGGCUGAGGUAUCUGUGGGAGCCUCCAAGGGAUCCAGAGCUUGUCUCUUUUCUGCAAGCACAUUUAUCGGCUGCCUGUUGCUGCAGCCUCUAAGAGGCUACAGCUGAAGGGGUUGAGCCAGUGUCCUGAUAUCCCCCCUGCUCCUUGUAGAAACACUCGAUGAGGUGGGGAUUGGCACCAUUGUCUUCCUCCCCAUCCACCCUCCUAUCCUGCUUCUGCUUCGCUUUGUUGCUUCCCUCUGCUCUUGCCUUCACCAGCUCUGUCUCUGCUAGAUCUGCCUGUACCUAACCCCUAGCUGAGCAUCUCCCAGACACAAGCUCUUGCUCUCCUCCAGGGCUUAGCCCAGCUGCUGAGGAAGGUCCAUUGCUUCUUUCUGCCCUGGUCCCCUUGGGACUGAGGGCUGCUGAGGAGUGAGGUGUGGGUGAGACCCCUGGGGUCGGUACAAACUGUGCUAUGCACCCUCCACCGCAGGAGGAGGCUGGAUGCUGUGAGGAGCUAGAGAGUCCUAGUAGGAAGGAAGGCCAUGUUUCAGUGUCCCUCGCAGUGGCCUGGUGUCCAGGGGAGCCCCUGCACCAGCCACAGAGGGGGCAGAGUGGGAGCGGGUGCUGGUUGGGACCUGGGUGCACCUGUCCUCUGGCCACCAAUACUUCCAUAUGCCCUGUACUGCACCGCUGUGGGCACAGCUGUGUGCCAGCCCCUCUGCUGGGGACCCCGGCACUCUACCCAGAGGGGACGGCGGUGGGUGCCCCAUGGGCUGAGGGGCUGCCAGAGCCGCAUGGGACCCUGCCAGUGUCCUGCUGCACUGCGGGUGUACAUGUGUAAAUGAUCCUUCUCCUAACUCAGCGCUGCCUCCAAGAUGCCUCUCUAGCCUCUCACUUUUGUUAUGGACCUUGACUGGGGAUUUAUAGCUAUAUUUUUUGUCCUUUCUUUUCCUACAACUGUUGUGUUACUAACUGUUGACUCAAUCUAUCUGGGAAACGAAUCUGUCAAUGUAAGUGCACUUAACCCUUGGGUGUUGUCAUUAGUCAACUGGCUUUUGCUAAAUAAAUCUUUCUAUUUCU